UUCCGCUUCCCCUCCGCCAUUGCCUAUCCCGGUCUCAGUAGAUAAAAAGAAUACAACGAAGACAAGAAAACAACAUAUUUCGUUUAGUUUCAUUCAAAUAUCCAGUUCAGGUAGGAACUAUUAAAAUAAUAUUGAAUAGCAUACAAGGCCGAGCUAACUUUUAGGAGUUUUGUGGGAGUUUGCUGCAGUUUUGCUGGAGUGAGACGGACUGCGAAGAGGGACCUGCCCACAAAGUCUUUCCCGAAGAGCGUGCAGUCAGGCAGAGGAAAAACAGCUCUGGGAUUCUGCUGGGGCAUUCAGGGACGGUCUCUGCACCCCUCUCUGUCCCCCCCCCUCCCCCUCCCUCCUCCGGCGCACCCCUGUCAUGUCUGAUAACGGAGAGCUGGAGGACAAGCCCCCCGCCCCGCCCGUCAGGAUGAGCAGCGCCAGCUUCAGCAGUAGCAAGGACACGAUGUCGGCCAAUCACAGCUCCAAGCCCCUGCCCUCUGUGCCCGAGGAGAGGAAACCCCGCAACAAGAUCAUCUCCAUCUUUUCUGGAGCCGAGAAAGGGGGCAGGAAGAAGGACAAGGACAAGGAACGCCCCGAAAUCUCGCCCCCCUCAGACUUCGAACACACCAUCCACGUCGGCUUUGAUGCCGUGACCGGAGAAUUCACUGGCAUGCCAGAGCAGUGGGCUCGGCUGCUGCAGACCUCCAACAUCACCAAGUCGGAGCAGAAGAAGAACCCGCAAGCCGUUCUGGACGUCCUCAAGUUCUACGACUCCACCGGCAACGGCAGGCAGAAAUACCUCAGCUUCUCAUCUUCAGAUAAAGACGCACAGCUGCUGGGGAAGAAGGGCACGGAACCCUCGCCAGCUAACAUCAAGGACAUCGACGACGAUGAGGAUGACGAAGCCCCGCCCCCCAUUGUGGCGCCCCGUCCGGAACACACCAAAUCUGUGUACACCCGCUCCGUUAUCGACCCACUCCCCUCGCCACCGCCCUGUGCAGAUGCAGAUUCCGCCUCGAAGGGUGUUGACAGGCAAAAGAAGAAGGGCACCGGCAGCAAAAUGACAGACGAGGAGAUCAUGGAGAAACUCAGAACCAUAGUCAGCGUAGGCGACCCCAAGAAGAAGUACACCCGAUACGAGAAAAUCGGACAGGGGGCUUCAGGCACAGUGUACACAGCCAUCGAUGUUGCCACGGGACAGGAGGUAGCCAUCAAACAGAUAAACCUGCAAAAGCAGCCCAAGAAGGAACUAAUCAUCAACGAGAUCCUGGUGAUGAAGGAGUUAAAGAACCCCAACAUCGUCAACUUCGUGGACAGCUUCCUGGUGGGGGAGGAACUCUUUGUGGUGAUGGAAUACCUGGCUGGCGGCUCACUCACAGACGUCGUGACGGAGACCUGCAUGGACGAGGCUCAGAUCGCCGCUGUCUGCAGAGAGUGUUUGCAAGCCCUGGAGUUCCUGCACGCUAACCAGGUGAUCCACCGUGACAUCAAGAGCGACAACGUGCUCCUGGGGAUGGACGGGUCUGUGAAACUCACUGAUUUUGGGUUCUGCGCCCAGAUCACCCCCGAGCAGAUCAAGCGUUACACCAUGGUGGGCACGCCCUACUGGAUGGCCCCGGAGGUAGUGACCCGCAAGGCCUAUGGGCCCAAAGUGGACAUCUGGUCCCUGGGCAUCAUGGCCAUCGAGAUGGUGGAGGGAGAGCCCCCCUACCUCAACGAGAACCCCCUGAGGGCAUUAUACCUGAUUGCCACCAAUGGCACCCCGGAGCUCCAAAACCCGGAAAAACUGUCGCCUACCUUCCGGGACUUCCUGAACCGCUGCCUGGAGAUGGACGUGGAGAAAAGGGGCGGGGGCAAGGAGCUGCUGCAACACCCCUUCCUGAAGAUGGCAAAGCCCCUUUCAAGCUUGACACCUCUCAUCCUCGCUUCCAAGGAGGCAAUGAAGAGCAACCGCUAGUCUUGCCUGCCACAACUGAGCUGUGCCAACCCCACCCUCCAAUCACCCUGACCUGCAAAGGGCACAAGCCCCAACCACAGGGCUCUGCUCCUACAAACCACACCCCCUCCCCAUGCCUGAAAGGAUAGCUCCGCCCGCCAGGGACAGGGCCGCUCCACUCCAGGGCCUCAUGAACUCUUGUGGUCCGAUCUGUCAGUCAAGAUCUGAGAACACUGCCCCCCCCCCCCCAUGUUAUCACUGAUGCCUUGACCUGGUCAGACCAGUAUUCACAGUUUAUGUGAACUGCUUUUUGUACAAUUUGUGGUGUUUUUUCUUUUUCUUUUCUCAAACUAUCUCGAACUUAGUCAGCUGUUCCAGCUCAUUGUGUUAUCAUGUCUACCAGUCCCCUUGGCAUCGUGAAACUUGAAUCUCAUAUCUCUGAAGCCCUGUUGUCUCUCAAGAAAUGUCCUUGUACUCUCGAUACUCUUGUACUCUGUCACAUGUGCCUGUCUCAUUUUUUAAAAAAGAGAAUUAUUGUUUACUGUAUAAGUUGAACUAUUUCUUUAAUUCACAGGGAUUUAGGAGUCUAAACUUUUAAUAUUAAGAAAAAUGUUGAAUUACGUUUUGUAUAUUAUGUACUUAAAAGAAAGAGGAAGUGGAAACCACAGAUCAGAGAUCAGGACAUUCUGACUGUUUCAUACGUAUAUGUAUACUGUUCAUUUUUUAUUUCCGACUAACAAUCUGACAGUUUACCAUAAAUUUAAGUAUUUGCAAUUAUCUUAGUUUUUAAUGUGAUUAAUAAUUAAUUGUAUUUCCAUGUAUGUGGAGUAUUCAUGCGUUCUGCAAGUAAAAGUCACAUUUUUGAAAAAUCAAGAAAUUUUUUGAAUAAAAUUGUGCUUUUUAA